AUGUCAGACAAUAAGGACACUCAUACGACCACGGAGGCUGCCAGCCAGGCCGACUUGGGCUCCGAGAAUCAUGACGAUGUGGACACUGCUUGGGAAUUCUUGAACAGCCACCGUGCUAUUACGACAGCAGAGGAUACCGAUGCCGUGGACAUCGAUGCCUUGCGGCGUAAGAUUGAUUGGCAUAUCGUGCCGCUCAUGUUUGCCUGCUAUCUCAUGCAGUUCUUGGACAAGGUUAUCCUGAACGUUCGUAUUAUUCCGCCCCCACCAAAACCGAUAUCUGCUAGUGGCGUGCAGACUGACCGGUUUUCAUUACCUGACUGUGUACAGUAUGCCGCUGUGAUGGGACUCAAGCAGGAUCUUAACCUUCAGGGUAACGAUUUCUCAAACAUCGCCACAUUCUUGUUCGUCGGGCUUCUGUGCUUCGAGGUAGUUAAUGUGUACUUCCUCCAGGCAGUACCGGCGGCCAAGUGGCUAGGGUUCAACGUCACCUUAUGGGGGGUUGCUACCGCUUGUGGUGCUGCCGCUUACAACUACCGAACCCUCCUCGUCACUCGUGUGUUCUUGGGCAUGUUCGAGGCCACCAUCGGUCCCUCCCUCAUGCUUAUUAGCAGCCAAUGGUACACCAAGUCAGAGCAAGCUCUUCGGUUUUCUUUCUGGUACACCGGUCUGGGUAUUGGUCAGAUCCUUGGUGGUGCCAUCUCUUAUGGCUUCCAACACAUUGCCCCGGGCCAAGCAAGUCUAGAGGGAUGGCGGAUCAUGUUUGUUACCUUGGGUUGCGUUACUGUCACAAUUGGUCUCUCUACCGCCUUAUUCAUCCCUGACACACCUAUGCAGGCCGGUUGGCUAUCAGACGCUGACAAAGUGGCACUACUAAAACACACAGGGAUUCAAAGCAGGAAGUUCCGGCCGAAGGAAAUUCUGGAGGCACUAUGCGAUCCGCAGUUGUAUCUCAUGCUGCUUUCAGUCGUUCUGCUGUCUGUUUCUAGUGGUGUUGUUACCACGUACUCGGCCACCCUGAUCGCCAACUUGGGCUAUGAUUCAAAGCAUGCCGCAUUGAUGAACAUGCCCUCUGGGGCUGUUAGCAUCUUCUUUACUCUUCUUGUUGGGUUUGGCGUGCGGAAGCAGUCCCAUCGUUGGGCGUGGAUCAUUGGAUGUAUCAUCCCUGCCAUCAUUGGUGGCGCUCUGAUGUCCUUUUUGCCGGCAACAAAUCGAAGCGGAAUCCUCGCCGGUCUUUAUCUCGUCAAUGCUGUGGUAGCACCUCUGGCGAUAUUCUACAAUUGGACUGCUGCCAACUUCGGAGGUGCCACGAAGCGCGCAUUUGCAGCUGCCAUCGUAAGUGGCAGCUUUUCACUAGGCAACAUUAUAGGGCCGCAGACGUUCCAGUCUCGCGAUGCGCCGGACUUCCGUCCAGCGAAACUGGCUGUGAUGGGCACGCAGGCCGGGUGUGCGGCCACGACGUUUGCCCUCUUCCUCUAUUAUGCGUGUCAGAACAAGAGACGUGGGAGCCGAGCCGAGCAGAGGGAAAGCGAGUUCCUCUCGCCUGAGGCUUGGUCAACGAUGACUGACAGGGAGAACAAGCAGUUCCGAUAUAUCUACUGA